GGCAUAGGACUUUUUAUGCCCUUUUCUCUGAUUAGCUCUAGGGGGUAUGCCUUAGGUACCUAUACAUAAUAUAAUGCAGAUGCAUGUUGCCCUCCAACUUUCUCAGCAAAUCACACAGCUCAACGUGCUUAUUUCACCAAACGACGUCAGCUUUGUGGCUACUCUGCGAUACGACGAUGUCCAAAAUCUAUCCCCUCUAAUUGGAUUGUCCAAAAUCUGACCUCUGUUAUGGGAUGGCUGUCCAAAAUCUGCCCUCCAUGCGACAAUGACUGUCCAAAAUCUAUCUGCUUUGAUUGGAUUGUCCAAAAUCUGACCACUGUUACGGAACGACUCCCCAAAAUUUACCCCCUUUGAUUAGAUCGUCCAAAAUCUGCUCUACUCUCAUUGGUUCCAGUGCCAUUAUUUCUUCUGUCCAAAGUCUAAACGGCUCAAACGGCUAGGUAUCCCAUGAGACUCUACCCGCAUAGCCUCAUGAACCCUAGAGAGGCGGUCUUCCUUCACAUUGUGAUAUAUAAGGUGUGAAGACGUAGCCGAUAGGAAAGCUGUAGCUUGUCAGAGAUAGUUGACCUAAGUACUCGAAUCUCUUUUAUUCAAAAUAUCUUGGUCUUAAAUCUAGAAUGACAAUUUCAAACGAGACCAUUGUUGCGAUCAUCACUUUGCUCAUAAUGUGCUUUAUCCCAGCUCUUCGCUUCCUCAUACAUCUCUUUUGUCGACGAAGGGCUCGAUCAACCCAGGGUUACGCAGCUAUUUCCCUUGAACUAGUUCCUGGGCCGAAUGAGUUAGCUGUGCUUGAGAGCGGAAUGUUCUAUGCCACUAGGAACAUCAGGGUCGAUACUCUUAUAGUCCGUUCACUCAAUAUACCAAACCUCCGUCAUACCGUCCAUCAUGACGGAUCAGAGCUUGACGCCAUCCGCGCAUGGGAGCUUGGGGGAUAAUGUAUGUUAGAUAUCACAAAGGGGAACUACUAGAGGUUGGCGUUUGCUGCCUUAUGUUUCAUUCGAUUGGUCAGAUCUCUUCUUCUAUUCUUAAAAAGGCAUGUUCUAGGGCUUUUUGAAGAAUUUAAUUUGUUGAUAUAAGUGGAACAGGUACUAGAUAUAUAGAGCAAGAAGAUUUACUCAAGAUAGGAUGUAGUUAAUAAAUAACGAAAGAAAGGCGGAGAAGAGACGGUACUAUUAAUCAUCA